CCAGGAUUAUAUUUACACACACACUGUCCCACUCUCGCCAGAUUGUCCGCUUCGGCGCAGGCACGGGAGGGUUGUUUUCCAAAGUACCGUCUUUCCCUGCACCUGCCUUUCAGAUCACCUCUGGGAACCUGUGGGAGGAGCUGACAGGGUGGACGAUGUUGCUUCGCUUUGCAAAAGGAAGAAAACUUUGUCACCCAGAGGGAGACCUCUGCCACGCGUAACCCGGAGAGAGACCAAGAACCAGGACAGGCUUUGGCUUUGAUUUUGCAUCGAUGAGCCCGUAAGGAGGAAGAGGACACGUGAACUCAGCGCACACGCCGACCGCCAUCCUCCCCGGUGGCGGCGGCCCCAGGUACCUGCGCCACCUUCCCUCCCCGCGGAAGUCCCCACGCGGUGUCUCCGGGGUGGAAGGCUAAUCAUCAAGAGCGCGCGGCUCGAGGCCGACGGCGGGGGCCGGGCGAGGAAGGAGAGGACCGAAUUGCAGGAACGAGUUACCCGGAAUUAACUUCUGGUUAAAGUUAUGGGAAGCUCGGCCAUGGACACCAAGAAGAAGAAAGAUGUUUCCAGCCCCGGCGAGAGCAGCGGCAAAAAAAAUCCCAGCCAGAAGAGGCGUUCGCUGCGAGUGCACAUCCCGGACCUGAGUUCCUUUGCCAUGCCUCUCCUGGACGGAGACCUGGAGAGCUCAGAAAAGCAUGCUUCUCGUAAGGUGGACAGCCCCUGCAGCUCGGGCAGCCCCUCCAAAGGGUUCUUCUCUCGAGGCCCCCAGCACCGGCCCUCCAGCCCCGUGUCUGCUCCCGUGAGGCCCAAGGCCAGCCCCGGCUCUCCCAAAACCGUGUUCCCGUUUUCCUACCAGGAGUCCCCUCCGCGCUCCCCACGCCGCAUGAGCUUCAGUGGGAUCUUUCGCUCCUCCUCCAAAGAAUCUUCCCCCAACUCCAACCCGUCUACCUCGCCCGGGGGCAUCAGGUUCUUCUCCCGCUCCAGAAAAACCUCAGGCCUCUCCUCCUCUCCGUCGACACCCACCCAAGCGGCCAAGCAGCACACGUUUCCUCUCGAAUCCUACAAGCAUGAGCCUGAGCGACUGGAAAAUCGCAUCUAUGUCUCCACUUCCCCUCCGGACACAGGCCAGAGGUACUGCCCGUCCUCCUUCCAGAGCACAGCCGGGCCUCCAUCAGCAUCACCCACGCCCCAUGCUUCCUCCAGAACCGCGGCGCUGGCGGCGGCCCCGGGACCCGCGGAAGCCGGCAUGCUGGAGAAAUUCGAGUUGGAAGAAGAAGCAGAAGACUCAGAGAGUGGCGUCUACAUGCGCUUCAUGAGGUCACACAAGUGUUACGACAUCGUUCCCACCAGUUCAAAGCUUGUGGUGUUUGAUACAACGUUACAAGUGAAAAAGGCCUUCUUUGCCUUAGUAGCCAAUGGUGUCCGAGCAGCGCCGCUGUGGGAGAGUAAGAAACAAAGUUUUGUAGGAAUGCUAACAAUUACAGAUUUCAUAAAUAUACUACAUAGAUACUAUAAAUCACCCAUGGUACAGAUCUAUGAAUUAGAGGAACAUAAGAUUGAAACGUGGAGGGAGCUUUAUUUACAAGAAACAUUUAAGCCUUUAGUGAAUAUAUCUCCAGAUGCAAGCCUCUUCGAUGCUGUAUACUCGUUGAUCAAAAAUAAAAUCCACAGAUUGCCAGUUAUUGACCCUAUCAGUGGGAAUGCACUUUAUAUACUUACCCACAAAAGAAUCCUCAAGUUCCUCCAGCUUUUUAAACAUUCAAACAAUACCGUCCCCAGGAUUAUCGUAUUGGAAAUUACAGCGAUAGAAAAACCCACAGCGAAUAGAAUUUUGGCACGAGAAUACCAUGUUGGUCCAAAUUCGGGCUGUGUUACCGGUACAGCAGGAGGACGGAAUCAACUAUACCCUUUAUACAAGAUGUCUGAUAUGCCAAAGCCUGCCUUCAUGAAGCAGAACCUAGACGCCCUUGGCAUCGGGACCUACCACAACAUCGCCUUCAUCCACCCGGACACUCCCAUCAUUAAAGCCUUGAACGUCUUUGUAGAAAGACGAGUGUCGGCCUUGCCUGUGGUGGAUGAGUCAGGAAAAGUUGUAGAUAUUUAUUCCAAAUUUGAUGUCAUUAACCUUGCUGCUGAGAAGACGUACAAUAACCUAGAUAUCACAGUGACCCAGGCCCUUCAGCACCGCUCACAGUACUUUGAGGGCGUCGUGAAGUGCAGUAAGCUGGAAAUACUGGAGACGAUUGUGGACAGAAUAGUGCGGGCCGAGGUGCAUCGGCUGGUGGUAGUAAAUGAAGCAGAUAGCAUCGUGGGUAUUAUCUCCCUGUCAGACAUUCUGCAGGCCCUGAUACUCACGCCCGCAGGUGCCAAACAAAAGGAGACGGAAACCGAAUGACCGCUGUGAGUGGAGAAGCCCUCGUAGGAGAACUUGAACAAAGAUUCUGGGUCACGCUUUGCCUCAUGAACACUGACCGUGUUAGAAGACCGUAAAAUGGCUAAGAAUGUAUAGCAGGGUUUAGCGAUGGGUGUUUUUUCCAGUGACGUUGAAACUGAGCAUAAGAAACAGGUUUUAUGUGUUUGAAGAUUCAGCCUUGCAUUAAAAGACUGUUUUCAGACCUUCGUCUGAGCGAUUUCAAAUGCUGUAUGUUAUUAAAGUGCACUGUGUCCUGAAAUUUUUUAUUAUUUUUCGUUUCAAAGAAUUCACUGGUCUGUAACAGGUAAUAUGACAUAAGGCGAGCGCAUGGCUUCUUCAGACCUAGUGCCUUAUGUCGGAACACGUGAUAUGUCAUCACUGCGGCCCGUGGCAGCUGGAGCCACACGGUGCUGGGGCGUGACAGUCUUUGGACCUUUACCAAAUCAGUUUUGUUCUCAUUAGAUUUGUCAAACCGUUGUAAUUUGGAUAUAAAUCAUUACUUUGUAAACCUUCAAUGGCAGUUUCACGUUUAAGCGUCUGUUCUGAACUACAGUGUAAACAAAACUGCUUUACAACAGCUUUAUUUAUUUUUACUUUCCUGCAAUUUUUUUUUUUUUUUUUUUUUUUUUUUUUUUCACAUCCUGGUGGGUAAGCCUCCCCAUGCCCGUUAAUAAACCAUCGGUGGUUAUUUUUAAAAGGCAAAUUUCUCAUUUAAGUUUGGAUCUGGAAAGCGUAGGACUUCUAAAAUAGCCACUGUUAGAGUGGAAAAGCCGAAGUUUCUGAAAGCACGGGUGAAAACGUGCUCUGCUAGACUGGGAACAGGCGGCGGUUUUGAGCGGACAGAGUGCCGGGAAGAGGUCUAUUUUUUUCUUGUGUACUGAAACGUAAAAUCACAAUGUUUGUACGGCUGCUGUGCGAUCGUCCGUGUAAAUUCUAUUGUGGCACAUGCAAUAUGUCAUGUGGUUGAAGAGAAACCAUGUUUCCUAAUGUAAGUGCUCUGAAAAUGUCCACACUGUAUAUAUAUAUGAGUAUAGUUUGAUUUUUUUGUUGUUGUUUUGGGGUUUUUUUUUGGCAGAUUGAAAGAUUAAAGUAAAUCUUAUUAUCGAC